UGCUUACGGCCUUAAGACAGCUCAGACAGCAUGGUGUCAAAGAGGUUCAGAUGCCAUAAUACUUGGUCCUCGUUCAGGACAAUCAUCGAGUCCGCUUCCCAGCCGGACUUUCCCAUACGAUCCAGAAUCCGAUACCGAUAACGACAUGAACACAGCUUCACGUAUACUCGCCGCGGCUGUCAGUAUCACAACGCCCUACUAUAUCUACCAGGUCUCACGGCAAAUCUCCGAUGUGUAUCCAUCGACUGUCACUGUCACCAACACAACUUCAGCAAGCUACCUCGAGUCCAAGAGUCAUUGUACAGUCAACCCUAGAAACUGCACCGGCUUGCAUGACACUCGCUCAAUAGUGGUCGAGCUCCCCCCAACAAAAAGAGCUUACUCCGAUGAACAGAUUCUAGCAGCAUACAUUCAAGGCUACUUCGGCGGCUGGGUAUUUGCACCGGAGCGGAGAGCCUUGCAGCUAUUGCGCCGCAGACUCGUCAAUUUCACUGCUCUCAAAAUAAUUCAAAGCCGCGACACCGCCACCAAUAUAUGGUCUUACAAACAACUCUCAAGCGACCGCCUACCUCCACUUCAUACAGUACUCUUUGGGGCCUUCCAGGUCGUUGACUGUCGCCUCACGAAUCAUCAGAACUCACCCGAACCGGCGGAAAGCUAUAUCGACUUUGGUUUUGGUUCCGAUACCUCUCACUUUUCAGGUUUCCAUCGGUUCUCCAUACACCGGGAUUCACCCAAAGACUUGGAUCCCCCUGCAGGUCCCGCCACCUCGACGACGGUAACCAUAACAAACUCAUGCCUUGCUUGCGAUCCCAGCAAGAACAACCUCUUUGGCGGCAGUCUGCUCCACAGCCUGCACAAAUUUUACGCGAUGUUGUUGUUCCAGGAGGGCGUAGCAAGAGUUCGAGCUCUUGAGACAUGAUUGAAUCGUUGCCUCAGAGCUUACCGUUGACCACUUGGGACCCCAUAUCCCAGCCCAGCAUUUGACCGGCCGUCUUCGGUCAGCUCAUGGCGACGUAAUCUCCAAAGAAGCAAACCUCGCUCACCAGAACAUUGCCAAGCUUGAAACCUGCCUACUUAUCUUGGCCCCUGUGUGCAAGGACUUGAUAUAAGCACGCUCGACUUUAGUGGGCGCUUGAGACACCAUUUCACCGUUCCAGAUCGCCCUUCGUACUCGUGAUGCUACAGCUGACUCUCGACUACGUAGCACUGAUGAAUGAGCUUACACUUUGGACAGAUGAGCCAAUGAAGAAUCCAUUAACCGGCCUUUGCCGAGUCGUUG